CGUCACCUCUUCGAGCCUCUCUCUGUAACAUGAUAUUGGACCGUAAUACGCCUAAUAAACACGCUGUGAGAAAAGUUUAGAGGAAACUUCUCCAGACUUUGAAGACAGACGCACACACCCUCGGUCUGUGAGUGAGGUGCCACAUCGAAACGGAGCCUAAACAGCGAAAAAUAGGCAUCAUGCUGCUGAUCCUGCUGCAGUCUGUGGUGCUGGUCUCGUCUGCCCCUCCACCGUGUGACCCAGCAGUUAGAGGACUGUGCAAGCCAAUAGUGGAAGAAAAACCUAAAUGCACUGAUGUGUUACUCUCCUACUGUGACGACAUGCCCUACACUCAGACCAUGUUCCCAAACAUCCUCGGACACAAGACCCGCGAGGAUGCCGAGGCUGGAACCGAGUACCUCCUCAUGAGCGUAGUGGAGUCCCUUCUCGGUGGAGAGUGCAACCCUGAGAUACGCAUGCUGGGCUGCUCCGUGUUGACUCCCCGCUGUGAGAAGGCGAUGGUGAUGAAGCCCUGUCGCACCACCUGCGAGGCGGUUCGUAAAAAGUGCGGCCACGCUUUUGAGGCGAUAGAGAUGGCCUGGCCCUACUUCCUGGACUGUGAUCGCUUCUUCGUCAGUGAUCAGGAGGGGUGUUAUAAUCCUCUGGAGGGCCUUGAAGCACAGCAGGAUGAAGCGUACAUGGAUUACAUGGAUAUGCUCCCUCUCGAGGAGCCGGCCACCACAAUAAAGUUCACUUAUCACUCUAAUGCUCAGAUGAUCAACAUCUUAAAGAAAACUGAGGAGCAGUGCUCUGACAUUGCCAAAACUUACAGCAUCGGACACAGUAUGGAGGGCCGGGAGCUGCUCGUGAUCGAGUUCUCCAACAAUCCUGGAGAACAUGAACUGCUUGAGCCAGAGGUAAAGUACGUUGGCAACAUGCAUGGUAAUGAAGUCCUGGGACGCCAGCUGCUGAUCUACUUGGCUCAGUAUCUAUGCUCAGAGUAUCGUCUGGGAAAUGAACGGAUCCAGACCCUCAUCAACACCACCCGCAUCCACAUCCUGCCCUCCAUGAAUCCUGAUGGAUAUGAACUGGCAGUUUCUGGGGUCCAGGGCAGCAAUGACGAUGAUGAAGAUGGGAGUCACAGAUAUGAUUCAUGGAAUAUCGGCAGAAACAACGCUCAGAACAUCGACCUGAAUAGAAAUUUUCCUGAUUUAACGUCCAUCGUUUACAGAAGACGCAGGCAGAAGGGCUACCACACCGACCGCAUCCCAAUCCCAGACUUUUACUGGUUUGGUAAGGUGGCACCAGAGACCUACGCUGUUAUGAAAUGGAUCCGUUCCAUACCGUUUGUGCUUUCGGCUAACUUUCAUGGUGGAGACCUGGUGGUGUCGUACCCCUACGAUUUGUCCAAACACCCACUGGAGCAUAACAUGCUCUCUCCGACACCAGAUGAACAGGUAUUCAAGUUUCUUGCAAAGAAGUAUGCCAAUGCCCAUGAAAGAAUGGCCAAUGAAAAUGCCCGCUGUGGACCGUCCAGUACUCACAGUCAGAGAGGAAUCAUCAAUGGAGCUCACUGGUCCAGCACUGCAGGAAGCAUGCAGGAUUUCAACUAUCUGCACACCAACUGUUUCGAGGUGACUGUGGAGCUCGGCUGUGAUAAAUUCCCUCCUGAAGAAGAAUUAUUUAUCGCCUGGCAUGAAAACGUUGAGGCUUUACUCACAUUUAUGGAAACAGCCCAUCAAGGUAUCAAAGGGAUUGUGAAAGACGAGGAGGGAAAUGCAAUCAAAGGUGCUAAGGUAUCAGUCAGAGGAAUCCGGCAUGACAUCACUACAGCUGAAAAUGGAGACUACUGGCGCCUCCUCGUCCCCGGCAUCCACAUUGUCUCCGCCUCAGCCCCCGGCUACACCCGAGCCAUCAAGAGAGUAUACCUCCCUCCUCGCAUGAGCACAGCAGGCCGCGUGGACUUUGUGCUGCAGAAAUCUACUGCUCAACCCAGCACACAGGAGGAGGACCCCAGCAUCCCGUCUAUGGGCUCCUACGACCGCUUCGACCCCUUUAAUCAGUACGAGCGUUACACCCUGAUGGCCGAUCUGAGCCUGAACCAUGAGGAGAGAGUCGAGAAGCCAUGGUGGUGGAGCUACUUCACACAGUCAGGAGGUCCGGCUCCAACAUGGCUGCUCAAGAGUAUUUAGAGCCAUAAUGCGAGAAGUAAAAGCUCCUAUACUGUAGGCAUACAUUAAACUACAACAUAAUUAAAAUGCUGCUUUAACUGAUGAGUAAUUGCAAGAAAGAUUCAAAGCUAGCUGGCUGGCCUUCAUGUUAGCUUUUGUGCUUUUAUACACAGAGUUUUUGCUUUGUUAAAACCCCCAAAAUCAUAAUAUAAGCACUUAAACAUUGAAAAAAUAUAAAACAUAUUUAAAAAGACAAAUAAAUGUUUACAGCAGAAAUAAAGAGCUCAUAUUUCAAUAAAACUCUCUCACUGUGAGUCCUUACACAUGCACUUGAGUAGGUGAGUCUAUAAACAUUUCCACACACAGAAAAAGAAACAGAAAAGCUUUAAAACAAACUUUAACGUCAAAAAACAUGUUAAACACAGCAGCAUGGUUUUAACUGAGAUUUUUAAAAGGUGAUGACACCAGGUAGCCACUAGAGGGCAGACUGAAUCAACUUCUUUCCCAAGUAAAUCCAAUCCAAGAGUGUUUUCCCCAUUUAAUGUAAGCAAUUAGUACAAGUAGCAGAAAUUGUUCUGAAUAGGCAUUUUUGAGCUAAGUCAAAAACAAAUUAGAAUAAUUAUAGUGUGCAAUUUUUACUGUUAUAUAGACUCAAGUUAUUGGUUUACAGCUUAGUUUUGAUGGAAAUAAUAAGGAAUCAAUUUGACGAGUCAUUCUACAGAAACAUGUCUUUCUCUCUCCCUAACCAAUCUGGGACAAUCUGAACAGUUAUACUUUCAUGUAAUGAAGACAAAAAUGUAUUUACAGCCUUUAGAUGCAUAAUGUAAAAAACACAAAACAACAAAGUUUUAAAUAAAUAUUAUAAAUUAUAUCAAGAAAGUAACUGUCCUUUAGAGUCAUGCCACAGGUGUGACCUUAUUCAAUAAAGGUUUUUAAUUUUGAAGUGAAAAUAAUGUUUCUUGAUGAUAUGUGUAGAAAUGCCCUGGAUAAGUCAACUGACCAUUAAUCUUGUUAAAAACCGUUUGAUUUUACGUGAAUCGUACUCAGGAGUACCUAAGGAAUUCAGUCGGUACCUCUAAAUGUACUGAAUUUGGCACCCAUCCCUAGUCAUUGGUGUUACUGAUACUGGUAUUACUGCUACAGGUGUUGCUGUCAUUGGCGUUACUGUCACUGGUGUUACUGAUACUGGUGUUACUGUCACUGGUAUUACUCUCAUUGUCGUUACAGUCACUGGUGUUACACUUACUAGUCUUACUGUCAUUGGUGAUACAGUUACUGGUGUUUCAUUCAUUGGUCUUACUGUUACUUGUGUUACUGUCAUUGGUGUUGCCAUCACUAGUGUUACCGUCAUUGGUAUUACUGGCAAUGAUGUUACCGACACUAGUGUUACCAUCACUAGUGUUACAUUCAUUGGUAUUACUGUCAAUGAUGUUACCGUCACUAAUCUUACCACCACUAGUGCUACUGUCAUUGGUGUUAUGGUUAUUGGUGUUACCUUCACUGAUGUUUCCCUCACUAGUGUUAUUGUCAUGAUGAUCAUUUAACCUUGCAAAGC